GAUCGGAGGGAUUUUAAAUACUCUUGAUUUCUGUGAUGUGCGCCAUGUACGACGGCUUUUGGGAUCGAUUUUGUUUGGCAGAAGAGACCACAUGAGUUUGAUACAGGGCCACACGCUUGCCUUUUUUGCCGACCCCACCUUCCCACCUCCUGUCCAUCUCGAAGAAAUCUGAAGAAAAUCUCCGCCAGGGGAGGGGGUUUAAUAUCUGCAGAGAGGGGAGACCUGUGAGGGAUCAACGGUCUUAUCUCCCCUCUACACUAACCCUCAAACGGUCGGGGAAUGAUCAGAAGCUAUUCAAAGGAGACACAAUUAAAGGAAAUACUGCGGAUUUACAGUAAAUUUUAAUUCGCCAAAAAUAUGGCCGAUAAUGUCCUGGAGUCUGGCCCGUCUUCAGCCAAGAGGCCCAAGUUGUCCUCUCCAGCUCUCUCAGUAUCGGCCAGUGAUGGAAAUGAUUUUGGAUCAUUCUUUGACCUGGAGCAUGACCUCCCUGAUGAGCUCAUCAAUUCUUCUGAACUUGGGUUACCCAAUGGUGGAGAUGCCAGCCAACUCCAUACUAGUCUUGGAGCCAUUGGAGGUGGUAUUGGAGUGGCAGGUGGCCAAGAUGCCGCCGCAAAACACAAACAACUCUCUGAACUUCUGCGUGCUGGAGCAGCACCCCAACAAGGUGGCCACACACCAAACAGUACAGCAGCUGGGGUACCCAUGGGGAUGAUGGGAGGCAUCAGUGUUUCCCCUGGUGGACCUCAAGGCUUGGCGCCCCAGGGCCAGCAGCAGCAGCAACCUGGGCUAAUGCAGCAGGUUGGGAUGGUUGGAGGGGUAGCCGGACUUAGUAGAGCAGCUGCUGUGAUGGGUGGUGUCCAGAAGGGUAACACUGGACAGCAGCAGCAAGGACUGAUGAGCGGGCAGGUGAUAAAUGGUUCGACAAGAAUGGGUUACCCUGGUAGUACAGGCAUGGGUAGCAGCGGCAAUCUCCUGGCAGAAACACUGCAACAGCAGGGGAGUCAGCAAAUUGGACCUGGAGGACAAGCAGGGAUGAGGCCACAGCAACCUGGGGCACUUAACAAGAUGAAUAUGAUGGCCAAUACGGACCCAUAUGGUUGUCCAUACAACCAGUCUUCUGGACAGGGACUGCCUGGGGCAGGGCUGGGCCCACAGCUCCAGAAUAAGUCAGGACUGCCCAACAAUUUGGCCACACAGUUCAGCAUGGACAAGAAGACACCACCAGGGCAAAGCAUACCUGGAAUGCGCGGUGACAACGCACUGAACAAGAGCAGCACAUCCUCGGCCUCUCAGCAGCAGCAGCCUGCAACGGUUGGCAGUGUGUCAGUGGGCGGAGCAGCAGGAGCAGUAGGAGGGGCCCAGGUUGGGCUUGGCACUCUCGGGACAGGUCCCAGUGCAGCACCCCCUACAGCAGACCCUGAGAAACGGAAACUGAUUCAACAGCAGCUGGUGCUCUUGCUCCACGCACAUAAGUGCCAGCGUAGGGAGCAAGCUAAUGGGGAAGUGCGGCAGUGCAACCUGCCCCACUGCCGAACGAUGAAGAAUGUGCUCAACCACAUGACUCACUGCCAGGCUGGCAAAUCUUGCCAGGUGGCACACUGUGCCUCAUCCAGGCAGAUUAUUUCUCACUGGAAGAAUUGCACAAGACACGAUUGUCCUGUUUGCCUGCCGCUAAAAAAUGCAGGAGACAAGAGGAACCAGCAGUCUCUCAUUAGUGGCACAGGUGUGGGUUUGGUGAACUCUUUAGGAUCUGGGGUGCCAGGUGGGCCAUCAAACAGUCCAAAUUUGAAUCCACCAAACCAGAUUGACCCCAGCUCCAUAGAGAGAGCCUACGAUGCCCUUGGCCUUACCUACCAGGGCAACCAGAUGCCACAACAACCUCUACAGGCCAACAUGCCAAACCAAGCACUGCAGGGGCAGCCUGGCAUGAGGGCGCUAACCUCCAUGGGUGGAAAUUCUAUGGGAGUGAAUGGUAACAUGGGCAUGCAGCCCCCUAACCAGCAGUCCUCUCUUCUGCCAGACACCAUGUUGCACAACAGCAUGAAUGCACAGAGUUUGAUGAAUGAUGGUGUAGGCAACCUGGGCUCCAUUCCUACAGCAAUGCCUCCUUCCACUGCGGGCCUGAGGAAGUCUUGGCAUGAAGACAUCACACAGGACCUCCGAAACCACCUUGUGCACAAGCUUGUCCAGGCCAUCUUUCCCACUCCUGACCCAGCUGCAUUGAAAGAUCGGCGGAUGGAAAAUCUGGUGGCUUAUGCUCGUAAAGUAGAGGGUGACAUGUACGAGUCAGCCAACAGUAGGGCGGAGUAUUACCACUUGCUGGCAGAGAAGAUCUAUAAGAUUCAGAAAGAGCUUGAGGAAAAGAGGAGGACACGACUCCAGAAGCAGGGCAUGAUGCCCGGCCAACCCAGCAUGGCCACCUCAGGUCUACCACAGGGGCCUCCCAGCAUGGGACAACCACCCAUAGCCCCUGGGCAACCGCUAAAUGGUCCACACGCUGAUCCAUCUAUGAUCCGACCACCUGGGUCAAAUCAGAUUGUAAACAGGAUGCAGAACCCAGCAGGAAUGAACCAGUUUGCUCAGAUGGGAAUGCAGUCAAUGGGUCAGAGGUCAACACCUCCUGUUCCUCUUGGUGCUCCAGUCAACCAGAUUGGUAUGGGAUCAGCACGGAUGAGUCAGUCCAGUGUGGCACAGUUACAGAACCAGUGUCUUCCUCCAGGCCAAUUUUCUGGGUCUAGUCCUGGGCUUGGUACUGGUCCUGUUGGUAUGAGCCAGCCAGCAACCCAGGCUAAUAUGCCUCCGAAUCAGAUGUCGACCCCACCUUCCCUCCCUGCGAGCAGCCCUGCAGCACAGUCUGCCUCUUCUGUUCCAGGCUCUGGAGUCCCUGUAAGCUCAGUGGGGCCUGGUAGUGUCAGUGGCGCUGGGCCUCUACCCAACCUGCCUCCAUCUUCCAACUCCACCCAGCCGAACUCUUACUCUCAUUGCCCACCCAUCCGAACAAACUCUCCCUCGCCCGCACGCAGCCUCACACCUCAGCCACAUCAAACACCUCCUACAUUACCUGGGUCUCAGACCCCACAGCCACACACACCCAACACACCCCACAUACCCUCUGCACAGCACACCCAGCAGCAGCAACAAGCUUCACAGCAACACCAACAAGUUUUGCUGCAGCAGCCACCGGGUCAAGGAAGCACCUCAGAGAAGGCCAAUCAGCUUCCACAGCAGAUAAUCAGUGGUGUGGCUUCUUCAGGUUCUCAUGCAGGCCAGACUCCUCCUGCCCCAACUCAAAAUGCUCAUGUGCCAUUACAACGGCCGCAGACCCCACUGUCUCCGAAGCCCCCUCUGACAGCAGAUGGCCAGGUGUCUUCCCCAACCUCUGUCAGCAGCAAUACUGACCCUAGUUCUCAGCUCGCACCUUCAGAAGGCCCCGCUCCCAGCCAGGAAGAGGUAAAAAUGGAGGCGACAAAAGAGGAGGAAGCAGAUGAGGGAACUGAUACCCAGGUAGAGGACAAAGCUUUGGAAACAACAGGCAAGGGUCUGCCUGAUGUGAAGUCUGAAGAGAAAUCAGGGGUGGCGGUAAAGAAAGAGAAGCCAUCAGGAGAUGAUGCUAGUGGUGAACCCAUGGAUACCUGUUCAUCCUCGGAAUUGUCCUCUGUAGUGUUGAGCGAAGACCGAAAGAUUGAAGUCAAGAAAGAGCAUAAAGAAGAAGAAGAGGGUCCAGGGUCAACAGCCACCAACAGCUCCCCGGCAAAUACUCAGAACAAGAAAAAAAUUUUUAAACCAGAGGAGCUGCGUCAGGCUCUGAUGCCAACACUGGAAGCUCUGUACCGGCAGGACCCUGAGUCCCUUCCUUUCCGUCAGCCGGUGGACCCCCAGUUACUGGGAAUACCCGUACGUAUUCGAACUAGUAACAAAACUAACCUGGACUACUUUGACAUAGUGAAGAACCCAAUGGACCUAUCUACCGUCAAGCGUAAGCUGGAUACGGGACAGUACCAGGAACCGUGGCAGUAUGUGGAGGACGUCUGGCUGAUGUUCAACAAUGCCUGGCUGUACAACCGCAAGACGUCCCGAGUCUACAAGUACUGCUCCAAGCUGGCUGAGGUGUUUGAGUCGGAGAUCGAUCCCGUCAUGCAGAGCCUGGGAUACUGUUGUGGGAGAAAGUUUGAGUUUUCUCCACAAACUUUGUGCUGCUAUGGAAAACAGUUAUGCACCAUCCAACGUGACGCUGCUUAUUUCAGCUACCAGAACAGUUCACCAAAAUAUGGGCUUCUUGCUGACAGGUACCACUUCUGUGAGAAGUGUUUCAACGAAAUCCAGGGCGAGAGCGUUUCCCUGGGUGACGACCCAUCCCAGCCUCAGACGUCCAUUAAUAAAGACCAGUUCCAGCGAAAGAAAAAUGACACGCUCGACCCAGAGUUGCUUGUGGAAUGUACCGACUGCGGUCGUAAAAUGCACCAGAUCUGUGUUCUGCAUAAUGAAACCAUAUGGCCAUCAGGUUUCGUAUGUGACAACUGCCUGAAAAUGGCCAAUAAGACACGGAAAGAGAACAAAUAUGCAGCGAAAAGGCUUCCUCAGACCAAGUUGGGGAACUUUUUGGAGACACGAGUGAACGACUACCUCAAACGGCAGAACCAUCCAGAGUCUGGUGAGGUCACAAUCCGUGUGGUCCAUGUGUCAGACAAAGUGGUUGAGGUCAAACCAGGCAUGAAGUCCAGGUUUGUGGACAGCGGCGAUAUGGCAGAGUCCUUCCCCUACAGGAUGAAAGCCUUGUUUGCAUUUGAGGACAUUGAUGGGGCAGAUGUUUGUUUUUUCGGCAUGCAUGUUCAAGAGUAUGGCUCUGACUGCCCACAGCCAAAUCAGAGGCGAGUGUACAUUUCCUACCUGGACAGCGUGCACUUCUUCCGACCUCGACACCUCAGGACUGCUGUUUACCACGAGAUCCUCAUAGGCUACCUGGAAUAUGUCAAGAGACUGGGGUUUACCACUGGUCAUAUCUGGGCCUGUCCACCCAGUGAAGGGGAUGAUUACAUCUUCCAUUGUCACCCAGCGGACCAGAAAAUCCCAAAGCCAAAACGUCUGCAGGAGUGGUACAAGAAAAUGUUGGACAAAGCUGUCGCUGAGCGCAUUGUGCAUGAUUAUAAGGAUAUUUUCAAGCAGGCUACAGAGGAUCGUCUGACCAGUGCCAAGGAGCUGCCGUACUUUGAGGGCGACUUCUGGCCAAACGUACUGGAGGAGAGCAUCAAGGAGCUGGAACAGGAGGAGGAGGAAAGGAAAAGGGAAGAGAACAGUACCUCUAAUGAGAGCACAGAUGCCACAAAAGGAGACAGCAAGAAUGCGAAAAAGAAGAACAAUAAAAAGACAAGCAAGAACAAGAGCAGCUUGAGCCGAGGCAAUAAGAAGAAGCCGGGGAUGCCCAGUGUCUCCAAUGACCUUUCCCAGAAACUGUACGCCACCAUGGAGAAACACAAAGAGGUCUUCUUUGUCAUCCGACUCAUUGCUGGCCCCACUGCCAACUCUCUGCCCCCCAUCACUGAGCCGGACCCUUUGAUGGCCUGCGAUCUGAUGGAUGGCCGUGAUGCCUUUCUCACUCUAGCCAGAGACAAACACCUGGAAUUCAGCUCUCUGAGGAGAUCCAAAUGGAGCUCCAUGUGCAUGCUGGUGGAACUGCACAACCAGAGCCAGGACCGUUUUGUCUACACCUGCAAUGAAUGUAAACACCAUGUGGAGACCCGCUACCACUGCACUGUCUGCGAGGAUUAUGACUUGUGCAUCACCUGCUAUAAUACUAAAGGUCACGAGCACAAGAUGGAUAAACUGGGUCUUGGACUGGAUGAUGACAGCAACAACCAGGCAGCAGCAGCCACUCAGAGCCCCGGAGAUUCCCGCCGCCUUAGCAUCCAGCGUUGCAUCCAGUCCCUGGUUCAUGCCUGUCAGUGCCGCAAUGCCAACUGUUCCCUGCCAUCCUGCCAGAAGAUGAAGCGUGUUGUGCAGCACACAAAAGGCUGCAAGCGCAAGACCAAUGGUGGCUGUCCCAUCUGCAAGCAGCUCAUUGCUCUGUGUUGCUACCAUGCCAAGCACUGUCAGGAGAACAAAUGUCCUGUCCCGUUCUGCCUGAACAUUAAGCACAAGCUCCGGCAGCAGCAGCUGCAGCACAGACUCCAGCAGGCCCAGAUGUUAAGGAGGAGGAUGGCCAGCAUGCAGCGGGUGGGACAGCCAGCUGGAGUGCCACCAGGGGGACCUGUUGGAGGACUUCCAUCUCCAGGGAAUAACAGUACAACAGCACCCAGUACCCCAACAUCUGGUGGCACUCAACCUCCAACUCCCCAGACCCCAACUCAGACUGUACCCCCAGUUGCACAGCAAGGAAUGGUCCCUGGACCUAGUGUCCAACAGCAACAGCAGCCGACUGGGAUCCCUCCACAAACCAGCAUGCCGCCUCAGCACCAUCUACACCAUCAGUUCCAGCAGAUGGCGGGUGGAGGCGUAGCGGGGGGGUUGAUGAGCUCUCCCCAACAUCAAAAGCAAAUACCUCCUCAGGUCCAACCACAACAGCAGCAAAGUGGUGCAGUGACCACCCCUCAGCAGCUCCAGCCGCAUACAAACAACCUCCCUCCAUAUGCCAGCAGACCCCCAGGUUCCUCCCCAAUUCACCAGUCCCAGGGCAAACCAGUUCUUGGCUCUGCAACACCUCCCCAACAGCAGCCCGGUGGCAACAUAUCUGGGGGUGUUGGAGGUCAGCAAACUCACUGCCAGUCCCAGGUCCAGCCUCCACUUUCACAGCAGCAGCCCCCCUCUGGCCCACCACCGGCAGCAGUGGAGAUUGCCAUGAAAAUCCAGCAGGUUGCCGAUGCACAGAGGAAGAUGGCACUGCAGAGACAGGCAGUUGCAGGUUUGAUGCAGCCUCACUCCCACCAUCAACAAGCUCAAGGUCAACAGAUGAGCAUGGGCCACCCGGGGGGAGUAGGGAUGGCUGGACCCCAGGGAAUGCCUCCGCAAACUCAAGCAGCAGCUGCUCGUACUCACAUGGAUCAGCAAGCAGGAGCUCCUCCAGGUAUGAUGGUUGGGCCAGGUGGACCCAUGCAGCAACCCCCUCAGCAGGGAAACAUUCCUCAGAGCCAGCUCUCUUCUCAGUUGCAGCUUCACCAACAGAGGAUGGGUGCUCCACUUCAAAACCCUCAACAGCAGCAACAACAGUGGGCAGGCCAGGGGCUGCCACCCCAACAGAGGCAGGCUAUGAUGAGUCAGAUGGGCCAUCCAGCCAUGAUGGCAGCUCAACAGCAGCAACAGAUGCAACAGCAGCAGCAAGCCCAGACUCAUGCUGCCCUGAUGAAUAUGGCACAGCAGCAACAAGGUGCUGGUGGUGGGGUCCCAGGGGGACCUGUCCCUGGCUCUGCUGGCAUCCCAGGCCCUGGUGCUGCUGGUGGGAAUAGUCCUCAAGCAGCCUUACAAGAGCUGCUUCGGACUCUUCGUUCACCUAGCUCACCGGUCCAGCAGCAGCAAGUCCUCAGCAUCCUACGCUCCAAUCCACAGCUCAUGGCUGCUUUCAUUAAGCAGAGGGCUUCAAAGUACAAGGGGGUGCAGGGAGGAGCAGGUGGUGUCACAGGGGGUCUUGGCCCUGCAGGGAGUCCUGUGGGGAAUGUCAUGACAGGAGGUCCACAGGUGAACAUGAAUGUUGCUGGUGCUGGCCAGACAGGGAUGCACAUUAGGGGUCAGGGAGGGGCGAAUGUCAACAUGGCCACUAUAGCACAGUUACAGCAAGUACAGCAACAACAACUGCAGCAGCAGCAACAACAACUGCAGCAGCAGCAACAACAGCUGCAGCAGCAACAACAGCUACAACAGCAACAGAGGCCAAUGCUCAACAGUUUACAACAGCAGCAAGUUGCAGCUCUCCAACAACAACAACAGCAGCAGCAGCAGCAGCAAGGAGGACGAGGAUUGCAAGGCCAGGGGCCACAAAUGGCAAACCUCAACAAUCCCCAGUUGAGAGAACUGUUCAUGAGACAGCAUCUCCAACAGCAGCAACAACCACAAAUGGGAGUCAAUCACGGCCAGUUCCAGCAGCCACCGCAAGGGCAGGGCUAUUUGGGGCAGGGUCCUCAAGCAGGACAGGGGCCACCCUCUAUUGGUUCUCAGCAGUCUGGUGGACCCCCGGGCCAGCAGGGGCAAGGCUAUCCAGGGACAAUGACCCAGCAGCAGGCUGCAGCUGCACUCCAACAGCGGCUCCAGCACCAGCACCACCUCCAAAUGCAGCAGCAGCAGAACGCCUUGGCUGGCAUACCAGGUGGUGAAGCAGGGCCAAGUGCCGGGGGUGUAGGAGGAAAUCAUCAGACACCACAAGGCCCUCAGCCCACUCAGGGUGGGCCACAACCUCUAUCCUCUCAGGCCCUGCUUCACCAGGCCCUCCACCAGAGGCUGCUCCAGCACCAGCAGCAGCACCUUGGCCCUGGAGGAUCACCAGCCCAGCACAGUAGCCCAAUGAGCCCCCAACAGUCCCAGCAAGUGUCCCAGUCACCACACCCCCACCUGCAGGGCCAAACUCUGCCCACAUCGCUGGCUAACCAGGUGCGAUCCCCACAACCCUCACCGAGACCACAGUCCCAGCCGCCACACUCCAGCCCAUCUCCCCGCUUGCAACUGCAGCCUUCCCCACAUCACAUCUCACCACAGAUGCAGACGGGCUCGCCGCACCCGGGCCACCUCAACCAGCACCACCCAGGUAUGGUGGUUCCCCCACAGCAGCAGCCACAGCCAGCAUCACAGCAGCAACAGAACUCUAUGGAGCAGUUUGGAUCCGAGCAGAGCGCCAUGUUGACUCAGCUGAGCGGCAUGGCUAGUCUCCACGGGCCGGGCGGUGGCAGUCAGGACCCACUGGGCCAGAACAUGAAUCACAACCCCUUAGACAUCAUGUAGGAUUGAUACUUCUCCUGUCAAGUUGAUCUGAGAUGUUCUGUGAUUCUUCGCACAAACUGCACUCAUCCAGAACAGUGUUAUUGUUACAACUUAGUUUUUUCUUUUUUAUAGUAUUAUUAUUAAAUGUUAUUUAAAAUGUUUUCAAUAAAGAUGCAUUGAACUGAACUUCCUAUGGGAGAUGAACAAUAAAUCAAACAGUCGUUAAAUAAAUUAGUAUAAAUGAAUUGUAAGUUAUUGCUGUUAAUAUAUUUUUGCCAAUUGUGGGCAAUGCAGGGGGUUAGUUUCUCCAGCGGCCCCACAGCGCCACCUCUCGCUGAAUACAACAGUGGUGAUAUUUUUGGGGGGUAAAUGGGAGUAUUUGCCUUUUAUUAAGAAGCUUUUGCUUUUUUUUUUUUAGAUUUCAAAAAUUAUCAAGAAGUAAAAUGAUAAUGCAAAGAGCCUUUUUUUAUUGUUAUUUUUGUUGUCCGUCAUCAGGCUGUAGUCUGUUUCAGCAGAGUGAUGUGGAUUUUUAAUUAUUAUUACUAUUGUAAAUCCAAAUGUGAUGCAUAUCUUCCUUUUUAAAAUGUUUGGUUUUGCUUUAUUUAUUUUUGGUUUUGGGGAGGGAUGGGUGAGGGGGUUCUGUACCGUGAGACUGCUAGAGUUGCUAUAGAAAUCUAUUUUUGUUAUUGAUUCUUAAGAGUUGGCGUAGUGUAUAUUUAAUUUGACUUUUAGAUGUAUUUAGUUGGGGGUUAUUCAGCCUUCUUUGCGGCAGCUGACCGUCCGCUGUCAGCGUGACAUGUUUGACGCCCAGACAGCUUCUCUAUCGGACAUCCGUCAUGCUGGAAGGGACUUUUUUCCCUCGCUAACAUGCAAACCUUCUCCCUCGAAUGUGUGUGCACUCCUUCCUUUAAAGACACUUCUUGUGGAGGCUUGGGGAGGAGGGGUGCAUAACUGUGUGCCUGUAACAUUUUGACUAUAAUGACCGGGAUGUGGACAGAAUGGGGUGGGAAGGGUUUAUUGUUUGUUUUUUUUUGUUUUUUUAGGAUUCUACUGUUUGGAAUAGACAGAGGAAAUUGAUCCAAAUGAACUGUGUUGCACAGAAAUGAGGAGAAUGGCGGCGAUGCGCGCCGUCUCUUUCUGCCUCGUCCCCUUUGCUGCUUUUCUUGGACUUUUGAAUCUCUUUCCUUUCCCUCCUUUUGUGAGGGGGAACUUACUCUCCCUCACCCCAAAACUCCAUUCCCCUCUAUCUUUUCUGCUAAGAACAUCGGGAGUUUAAUUUAAUAUUUUUUACUGUACAAAGGAAACACAAACUGGAUUCAAAUACAGUUUUUAUAAUAAAAUGAAAAUUACCA